CCUUGAUUGAAGCUCUUGCCCCACCCGUGCCUUGUCGCAUCUCAACACCACCAACAGCUAACUCCCGGUUUCCCCUUGCCAUCACAGUCUUACACAGCUCGUUGCCCGCCAUCUUUUGUCGUUUCGAGCCGCCUCGGAGGUUAUUCCCAGUGGUGACGCCGUCUCCAUCUUGCGCUCCGACCGCGAGUAACGCAUCCCACCACCAACAACAUAGCCCACCAAGACAGCAACCCCUCCUACCCUCCCGUCUGACACCGCGCCACCAACAACUUGUCGCUGAUUGUAGGACGAACGGAGCUGUACUGACAGCAUCUCUGCCGACUGUAAACGACCUAUCCCGCGCGCACGAAACACUGAGCAACCCCGACCCAGAGGCCCACCGCGAGAACCAACCAUGCAGCCGACGCAAUACCUUCUUGUUUCCCUGCCGCUCAGAAUAUUCGAUGAUGAUCCCCUAGCGGCGUUGACCGCUACUGUCGGGCGAGACAAUGGCGAGACCGUACCGUUUUCGAUACCCUCGUUCAAGAUCGGCACCCUCGAUGCUCUAGUGCAGCACGCAGAUGACCUCGCGAAGCUCAAUGCCUCGUGCGAAGCCGCGGUCGCCAAGGUGGCGGAUUCGCUCAAGGGGAUUCUAGACGGUGACGAAGAGAAGACUGCGGAACAGAAAAUGGUCAACGACAAGCCCACGGAUCAUUAUCUGCGCAACUUCCAAUGGGAUAAAGUCAGAUACCGGGCCGACCGACCCUUGGGGGAGCUAAUUGGGAACUUACAAAAGGAGCUGCAAAACAUCGACAAUGAUGUCAAGGCCAAGUUCAACCAGUACAGCGGGAUCAAGUCCACACUGGCGGCGUUGCAGAGGAAGCAGACUGGAAACCUGGCGACCAAAUCACUGACGCCCAUCGUCAAGCCGAGCCUACUCGUACAGGACUCGGAGUACCUAGAGACCCAUCUUAUCGUGGUACCGACAAACGCGCGCAAAGACUUCCUCCGCAGUUACGAGACCCUCGCUCCCAUGGUGGUGCCACGGUCGUCGAUCCAGGUGGCCCAGGACGACGAAUUCACGCUCUUUGCGGUAACAACCUUCAAGAAGACCAGCGCCGAGUUUCUACAAAAGUGCCGGGAGCAGAAAUGGACGCCCCGGCAGUACAAGUAUGUCGAAGGGGGCAAGGAAGAGGAGCAGCGUGAGCUCGACCGCAUCGCGCGGGAGGAGAAGAAGGUCUGGGGUGAAGCUCUAAGGCUCGGCCGGACGGGCUGGAGCGAGACCGCCAUGAUCUUGGCCCACGUUAUGACGCUACGAGUGUUUGUCGAGACGGUCCUCAGAUACGGCUUGCCGCUCGAGUUUGUUUGCGCGCUCGUCAAGACGACCCCGAAACAGGCAAGGAAGGUGAAGACGGCGCUGGACUCGGCCUACUCGUACCUCGGCGGAAAUGCGCUGGGCAGGGACAAGCGGGGACGGGUCACCAAGGACGACGCGUCGCUGACGUCAGAGAUGGCCGCUGUCGGGCUGGGCGCCGCCGAGGGCAGCGAGUACACGGCCUAUGUGUAUUACGAAAUUGAGUUUCCAUAAACUGCCUGCUUGACGCAUGUGGCAGCGCAGUCGGGACGGGUAACGGCGGAGCAAUAGAAUGUGUGGCUUGAGCCAUUUAAUGACAGGGUGUUGUUCAAGAUCCGUUUU